CUCUAUUCUCACUCCAAUAAUCACAACACUGGAGAGAAAAGAGAGAGAGAGAGAGAGAGAGAGAGAGAGGUGAGGAGGAAGCGAGAGGUUGAGAGGAACCCACCUCAUUUUCUAGCUUACUAAAGAAGAAGGUGAGAAAGAAGAAUGAUGACGAUGAUGAUGAUUAUGAGGCAACUGAUAACAACACACAGAAAAUUACACGACCAAGGAAGAAGGAUAGCAAUAUACAUAUAGAUAGAUAGCUGCUGAAGGCUCGGUUAUUGCAUUUCUUGCCUGCCUUUCCUUAUCUUAUUUUUAUUUUGCUGUGUUUCUUAUCAGUUUCUCUUCUCCUGCUACUUCUGCUUCUGCUGCUGCUGGUCAUCAGUGCCUCUGCCACGACCCAAAAUCUCUCCUUUAUCCUCCAGGGAAGUAGUCGGUCAUCUCUUCCUCUCUGAACCCAAAGGCCAAAUUUUUAUCUAUCUUUAUUUUUUCAUCUCACAAAAGCCAAACUGACAGUUGGGUGUGUGUAUUUUUGCCAACAGAAACCCACCUCCCCAAAACCGGCAGCCAGAAGAACCUACCAGCAAUGGCAGCAGCAUCCCAGAGUCCUACUUAGAGAAAUAAAGAUAAAAGAAAACAAAGCCCCACCAUCCCCAACAAACAAGAUCUCCUCUUUCUCUUUUCUCUGAUACAAGUUCAGAGUUGUUUUUACCCCACUCCUCUUGCAUAAUUUCUACAUACAUAUACAUCCUUGUAGAUUUAUAAUCUCUUCUCUCUCUCAUCUAUAAUUGUCAUAAAAACACUGCCUAGUGGUGGAUUUCAGAUAUUAUAUAAUCUAUAUUUGCAUGUAUAUAUAAGAUUGAGUCUUUGUUCAAUUCUAUCAAGAAAGAUUCUUCAGUUGUGGCUACUACAAGGAGUAGGCAGCUCCUAUCCGACUCUGGAGCCUUUGCAGACUGGGCUACGUCCUCUUCUUCCUCGGCCAUCCGCGCCGCGGGACCGGACGACCUUUCCCUCGGCUUUAAUGCCGGCCCUACUGCCGCAGCGGCUACUGCUGCACCUGGGUCCGGACCCACUGGCCCAUCGUGGUCUAGCUCAGCUAGACAAAUUAACUAUGGCAUCACUCCUGAAAUGGGCAUGUUUGUUGUUACUCCUGCUUCCUUUAAUCACCACCACCAGCAUCAGCAUGAGUCGUCUAUCAAUCUUGCCACUGAUCCAAUCCAUGGCUCAAACGCUGCUGCUACUGCGCUCGGUGUCGGUGUGGGUGUAGGCGUUAUCCCACUUCUCACGGCCGCUCCAUGUCUAGCGCCGCAAAACAUGGAUGAUCAAGAUUUGCUGAAUAAUGGGCGCAACAAAAUGGGUGGCCUCCAGUUUUGGCAAAACCAAUCUUCUCAUCACCACACCCUGUCCAAUAUAAAGAGAACUAAUGCUUCGAUUCUCGAUCACGAUAAUUCUCCAGCGAAUCUGCUUCAGAGCGGUAACAAUAACAGCUCCGGUGGUGGUAUUGGUGGUAAUUCAGCUUCAUCUGGGACAACAACGUGCCAAGAUUGCGGAAACCAAGCCAAGAAAGAUUGCAGCUAUAGAAGGUGCAGGACCUGCUGCAAAAGUCGUGGUUAUGAUUGCUCUACUCACGUCAAGAGCACGUGGGUACCGGCGGCCAGGAGGAGAGAGCGUCAGCUAAUGGCAGCUGCAGCCGGAGGAGGUGAUGGUUCUUCUGGGUCUACUACUGGGAUCAAGAAACCUAGACUCGUAAACUCACAAACCACCACCAAUUCUCAUACAUCCACUUCUAACACUACCCCACCAAGAAGCUUUGAUACUAGCUCCAGUCACCAAGAUGCGAGUUUUAAGGAGACAUUGCCGGGGAAUGUACGUGCACAGGCGGUUUUCAAGUGUGUUAGAGUGACGGCAGUGGACGACGGUGAAGAUGAGUAUGCGUAUCAGGCUGUGGUAAAUAUUGGUGGCCAUGUCUUCAAAGGGUUUCUAUAUGAUCAAGGAGUUGAAGGAAGAGAUGGGUUCCCUAAUAUAUCAGAAUUGCAUUUGGGUAGUGCUAACAGUGGCGGCGGCGGCGGUGACGGAGUAAGGAACGGAGCCUCAUCUUCCCCGAUUAUUGAUCCUUCAGAUGUUUAUGGUGCAUCCGGUGGAGGGUUGCUGGGUGGUUUAAGCUAUGGUAAUCCAAUAAACUGAGGUUUACUUCCAAGGCUUUGGAGUGGAAUUAUUUUAGUCUAAUUUUCCUUGUGUCCGCUAAUUACUAUUACAAAAACACUAUGAAUAGGGUUUUGGUAAGUUGUUCUGUCUCUUGUUAACAUGUCUUUGAUAUCUUCAUCUUCUUGUUUUGGGUUUCUUGUUCCUCGUGACAAUUUCCUUCUGUAAUUGCACCGAGAUGAGGAUCACAAUAUGCUAAAGGAUUUGCCUCUUCAGUAUGAGAGUAAUUCGUGUAGCAAAUUUUAGACAAGAUGGACAAUAAAGGGCAAAAAUUCCUGUUCUUCUAGA